AUGAAGAUUUCUGGUAAUACAAUCUCUUGGAACAUAGUUUCGUGCUGUCAAGAUGUAAGAACAAUAUCAAAAUACAAUUGGGCAAAAGCGACUUCAGACUUUUUGGAAAGGCAGCUUGUGAAAGAUUGCGAAAAGCCAUCAUCCAUUUCUGGUUGUGUUGCUGCGUUGCCGUUUUGGUUUUGCGAGAAAAUUGGGUUCAUUGAGCCCUUGAAAGACAGAAUGGAUGUACCUCCCAAAUUUGUUAAGUGGGACGUACAAGACCUGCAAUCAUCAAGGUGCAACAUAGACAUUUCUAGUAUGACACCAGUAAUUGCAAGUAUUGGAAAUAAAAAAGAUAAGGUUCUUGAAGAAGUGUGUGGUGUAACGGGUAUUGGUUGCUUGAUGUCGUCACCUGUGAUCAAUGCUAAAGAGGUUGUUGAAGAGGUGUUUGGUGAACCGUCGGAUGGAUGCUUGACAUACAAAUCACCUAGUGGUGUCCCCCAAGUCGGAAAGCUUCAGAAAAAAAUUUGA